UUCCCCCACCACAAAAUAGAAAGCUUGUGUUUUUUUUUUCCAUAGAGAAACUAACUGUGUCAAUUGAAUCCAGAUCUUCCAUAGUAAGCUGUUGAGUGGAACCAUAUCGAGCACCUGAGUUCACUUGUUUUGUCCCUUGUCCAUCUCCAUGGCCACUCCACAGUCCCACUUCCGUUUUCUCGCUUUCUCACUCUCUAUCAUCCAUAUCUCUCUCUUCCUCUCCACAACCGCAACCCAACUACCGCUCCUCGAAGAACAAGACACUCCCAUCACGCACUUCCAGCGCUACCUCCGCAUUAACACAGCCCACCCAACCCCUGACUACACCUCCGCGGUCUCCUUCCUCAAAGCCCAGGCCCAAAGCCUGGGCCUCAAAACCCAAACCCUCGAGUUCGUCCAAGGCAAGCCCGUCCUCCUCCUCACGUGGCCGGGCUCAAACCCCUCCCUCCCCUCCCUCCUUCUCAACUCCCACCUCGACUCCGUCCCCGCCGAGCCCGAGAAAUGGCUCCACAAUCCCUUCUCCGCCCACCGCACCGCCUCCGGCGCCAUCUUCGCCCGCGGCGCCCAGGACGACAAAUGUAUCGCUAUUCAGUACCUGGAAGCCAUCCGCAACCUCAAAUCCCAAUCCUUCACUCCACACCGCACAAUCCACAUCUCCCUCGUCCCCGACGAGGAAAUCGGCGGCAUCGACGGGGCCGCCAAGUUCGUGGAGUCCGAGGAAUUCAACGGACUCAACGUUGGAUUCGCGCUCGACGAGGGGCAGGCCUCGCCGGGCGAUGAAUUUAGGGUUUUCUACUCCGAUAGGGUUCCGUGGAACGUGAAGAUUAGGGCUAAGGGGAGGCCCGGGCAUGGGUCGAGGAUGUAUGAUGGGAGUGCGGUGGAGAAUUUGAUGGAGAGCGUGGAGGUAGUGAGUAGGUUCAGGGAGAGCCAGUUUGAUGUGGUGAAGGCCGGGAAAGCUUUGAAUGGUGAGGUUGUGUCGGUGAAUCCGGUUUAUGUCAAGGCUGGGGUUGUUUCUGAAGAUGGGUUUGCAAUGAACGUCCAGCCUUCGGAGGCGGAAGCUGGGUUCGAUCUGAGGCUGACACCAACAACAGACCCAGAGGAAAUGAGAAGGCGAAUUGCAGAGGAAUGGGCGCCGGCUGUUAGGAAUAUGUCAUACGAGAUUAUAGAGAAAGGACCUCUUAGAGACUACAUGGGACGUCCGUUAAUGACUGCAACCGAUGAUUCCAAUCCAUGGUGGUCAGUUUUCAAGCAAGCUAUCACAUCUGUUGGAGAAAAGCUUUCAAGGCCUGAAAUUCUUGCAUCCACAACUGAUGCUCGAUACCUCAGACAGAAAGGAAUUCCUGUGCUCGGUUUCUCCCCAAUGAAAAAUACUCCCAUCUUGCUUCAUGACCACAAUGAGCACUUAAAGGAUACUGUGUUCAUGAAGGGAAUUCAGGUAUACGAGUCUCUGAUAAGUUCCUUGAGUACAUUUACAGAAGCUUCACAUUAAAGGCCUGAGUUGCUGAUCUCAAUAGGAGAACAAUGCCUAACUUUUGUAGGGAAAAUCUGAGCGAUUGGAUACCCCACCUCCAAAUAAUAAGUGGAGUAAAAGCAUAAAUAGCAACGUUGUUAUCGGACACCAUGAAAAAAGGAAGAAAAAAAGUCCUCUGUUGUUCCAAUUCGCUCAUGGUGGGGACUGGGAAUGGUACAACUUAUUAAUUAUUAUUGUACCUUUAGAAAUUGUAAUGAUCAGGAAUUAUUUUCUGUGAAGUUUAUUUGGUCCUUUGUGUUAAAUCAUCGAUGGUUGCCUAUCAUGGGCCAAGGAUUCAACUCUCUACUGUUGUCUAUAAGUUGCAUCCUUAAAUGCUAUGUAAGAUCUUAAAAAGUAAACAUUGGUUACCACGAUAAAUACUAAAUAGGUGAAGUUGUGGUUGGACUGUGUUCACAACUUUAAGAAGUUAAUGUUUAUUUUAGUUUGAUA